GAUAUGAAGGCCGAGAGGGAGAAAUCUGAGGGGUGAUUUGCUAGUAACUUCUAAAACAAUGGAACCUUCAAUCUGAUUAGCUAACUCUAUGUCAUGAAGUUGAGCGUGUUGCGCCUCGGAAAGUGGCACACCACAGAACAAUGACAAUAAUAGGGGGGGUUUUGCAAUCUCCUCAGGUCUUUUCAGUUUAUAAAUUUGGUCGUCAUUCAAUCCACCUCGACCAACCAACAUCAUAACUACCACCACCACCACCGCAGUACUUCCACCCUUUCCUCCCAUGAUCCAUGACCUCCCCAUUCUUCCCCACGAACCUCACACACCACCAAGUCCCCAGAGGGCCUCGAUUCCACAGCAAACCACAUAUACCAAGCCUCAUGAGAACCCACAGCUACCCUUUAACAACACCCCAAUCCCCCUCCCCAACCUCCUUCCCCAUACACCACAUACCAUAUACCAUACAGUAUACAGUAGAAGUAUCCCCAACUCCCCCAUUCCACCCCAUGCCCCCACGAUACCCCCAAACUCUUCCUCUCACACCGCACCCACUCACAUCCACAGCAGUUACCAUCGAAUCCCGCAAACCUCACCCUUCCAAAACCCCCUCUCCCAAUCUCCUUCCCGGGUAUCGUCGUCAGAACUCACGUCCCCAAUCGUUCAUGAGUUUAGACAAGAUAAACGGGAUCAAAAGGGGAAAGGGGGGGCUAUAGAAAAGAGACGAGGAAAAAAUGUCCGCCGCAGCCUUAUAGUUUCUAAGAAAAAGUUCCUCAUGGAAAAGUGAAGCGGAACCAGAAACCCCAAAUUGCGGCGCGUUUGCUAUACACAUGUCCUUUAGCUAAAAAGGUUUUGUAUGGGGUUUGACAAAGACCUUGGUUUCGAGGUGGUGGACAUUGGUCUGCUUUUGGUGUGUUGUGAAGGGUAGGGGAGAGGGAAAGGACGGGGG